AUGCCUGCUACUGCUGAGCAGAAGCCCUCAACGCAGCUGACUGAACACCGGAAAGACUGGCUGUUCGCUGGAUUGGUUGCAUUGGCACACGCCUUUUUGGUGACGGUGGUAUAUCAUUAUGUUCCAGAGCCUUACAUGGACGAGAUCUUCCAUGUUCGACAGACAAGAAAAUACUGUUCUGGCAACUGGAGUUGGGAUCCUAUGAUUACCACACCACCGGCUCUUUACGUUUUGGGAAUUCCAUUUUGUUAUUUUGAAAGGUACACAAAUAGUGUACUCAUCGCGAUUACAUUCGCGGGUUUCUGCCGUUUCCGAAGACUCUUUCACAGAGAUGCUAUACACUCAUCGGCCACUGCCGUUAUUCUGUUUCCGGUGCUACUUCACUCUUCUGUGCUGUUCUACACAGAUUUGCUCUCAGUAUGUGCUGUCAUUUGGGGUUUUACAUUGGACUCGCCGCUACUGUCGUCGCUCGCAUUCGCAGUAGGUGUUCUUACUCGUCAGACGAAUAUUGUUUGGGCGGGAUUCUGUGCAUGUGUCCGUCUCGUUCGUGAUGUUAACAUGUCUCGUCCUAUUUCUGGAGUUAUUUCAUCUUUUGUGAGGCUUUCCUCAUUCAUUUUUCUCGCUUUUUCUUUUGUUCUUUUCGUGUAUAUAAAUGGAGGAAUUGUUUUGGGUGAUGCCUCGGCGCACCAACCACGUUUGCAUCUCGCGCAGUUUCUCUACCUAAGCUUGUUCUCAGCUGUACAUGCUUGGCCUCACGCUAUUCCUCGACUUCGUAGCUUGCUCUCCAAACUUUACUGGUUGUUUCCAGUCGCUUUAUCAGCUCAUUACUUUGCAUUUGACCACCCAUAUCUCUUGGCCGACAAUCGACAUGUGACAUUCUAUCUGUGGCGGUGGUGGCUUCGAGUUCCUGCUCGUCGCGUACUUUUAACUCCUCUGUUCGUUGGCUCUUUCAUAUACAUACGUGAUCUCAGCAAUCAUGUCUCGCCCCUUGUACGCAUACUUUUUGUCUUGUGUUCCUUUGCUGUGGUCGUACCAGCUCAUCUGAUAGAACCCCGUUAUUUCAUUAUACCCUACGUUCUGUGGAGGUUAUCAGCAAAGAUAACUUUGAAUAGAGUGCUUGUUACGAUUGAGAUUCUAUCGCAAUUGUAUGUCUUUUCAUCGAUUUAUUCGCUAUUCCUUUUCGUACCUUUCGAAUGGGCUAAUGAGCCUGGGGUUAAACAGCGUUUCAUGUGGUAA